GCCUGUGUCUCCCUUCUCUCUCUCUGCUUUCGUCUUCCCCGCACUCCACUCACUGAGCGCAGCGCGGCGAGCGGGCGAGCGCAACCAACCAACCAACCACUCGCCUCCACUCUCUUCCUCGCCGUUGCUGCCGGGCGCUGGACCAAGCCACCAAGGGGGCGACAUGGAGAGCGGCCACAAGAGCGGAGGCGGAAGCGCGGCAGGAGGGGGAGCCGGAGGGGACGGGGUUCUGUGCCACGCCUGCGGGUACCAGUACCCGAAUGGGCACCCCAGCGCCAAGCAGCGGCGCGCGCACCGGAAGCACUGCGGCAAGCCGACGUCUGCCGCCGCCGCCGCCGCGGAGGAGGGCGCCGGGGAGCACGAAGGCAGCGAGCCGCUUCCAGGGGAGGGUCGCGGUGGAGUAGGAGAGGGAACUGGAGCGGGCGCGGCGGAAUGCGGCGGCAGUUUGCCUGGAUCUGCGUCGGAGGCUGCGAGCGCAGUGGAUGGAGGGGACAAUGCAGAGCAUUCUUCUGGAAAUGGUACUAGCCAUCAAGUCAUCGGCUCUGAAGAUCACCUCACCAUCAGCAGUAAUAUUCCUUCGGAAAUCACUUCUGAGGCCAGCAGGACUGAUGACGAUGCUCUAACUACAGUGACUACACAGUACUCUGAGAAAGGAUCACCUAUUGAGGAUGGGGAUUCAUCUGAUCUAGCAGUUGGUUCUGAGCAGUUGGAGGACAUCCCCAUUUCUGUUCUUUCACCAGAGCUUGAAGAUGGUGCAAAAUCCAGUUCAGGAAUCUCUGAACAUGAAAUAAAGACCUCAACUGUUGUGCCUCUGGUAUCAAAUGCAACUGGAGGUGGAACUUCUGAACAGACGGAUGAUGUAGUCAGUCAAGUGGAUGGGAUUGCUGUGGCUGAGGAAGAUGAUAUGGUCAACACCAUUGGUGAAAAUAAACUUAGUGAGGACAAAUCUGUAGAAGGUGAUGAGGUUGAUCUCUCCUGUCAAGACAAUCUACAAAUUGAGAUUGGUGAGGGGCACAGUAGCACUGCCGCGGAGAAAGAUUCAUCUGACAAGAAUCCUAAUGCAAUUCACAACGAAGAAAUCCCAAGUGAUAAAACUGAAUCAAAUCAGCAAAGCAAGCAUGUGCUAACUGACUCAUUUGUGAAAAUUCCUAACAUUGAGGUGCCCAUUGAGGCUUCUGCUGAGAAAUCUGUUGAUUCAGAUGAUGACUUGCUUAAACUUGGUACCGGUGGUUCCCACUCAGAGACACGCAAUGAUGUCAAACCUCAGCAGCAACCUGACUCUACCUCUGAAACAGCAGGUCAUCUUGCAGUCUCUAAACAAGCAGAUAAUGUUCAUGAACAGCACUAUCCUAUUCCAGAGGGAAGCAUUCCAGUGAUAUCAAGUGCAUCUGGACCUGCUGUUGGUGACAUAGCUAACAUUACAGAGAAUGUUUGUUCAUCUGGCGCGACAAUGGAUGACAGCAUGCAGAAAAAUGUGACUGGUGGUACUGUUGUGUCAUCUCAAGCUGAUCUAGUGGAGCUUAGUGCUUCCACCAUGUCACAUGAAACCAACACGGUCGGUAGCACAAAUGAUGUUGCCGAAAAGAGGCAGAAUGAAAAGGGUGGUUCAGACUUUACUUCAUAUGGAGGUAAUGAGAUGCAUGUCAUAGAAAAUUUUGAAGAAAAGCAUCAGAACAAAGAGGUCAUUGUAGAUUCCAUUCCUCAUGAAACCAACACAGUUUCCAAUACUGAUAAUGAUGGGGAAAAUGAGCAGAACAAAGAAAUUACUGCAGAAACCAGUUCUUGCAAGAUAAAUGUGGUACAAAGCAUGAUUAGUGCUGAAGAAAAUGAACAGAUUGAAGAGUUCAUUACAAAUCUUGCUCCUGAAGAAACCAGUAUGACACGUAGCGGGGACAUCGUUGAAGAAAAGCAGAGUGAGAUCGAUGUAAAAACAAGUGGUGAGAUAGAUGGUGCAUGCAGCGUAGAAACUGCUGUAGAAAACAAUGCUACUAUCUGUAAGGGCAAUGCAGGAACCGCCACAGAUGAUGUUGAAGGCAUAGUGCAGGAUGAAGAAAUCACGGCAGGCCCCAUCUCACAUGGUAUCAACACGAUAUGCAGCAGUACUAAUGAGGAAAAAAUGCAUAAGGAAGAUGUAAAUGAGGCCAUUGGUUGUCAUGAGAAUAUCGUGGUACAUGGCACAGGUAAUGUUGAAGAGAAGACAGUUGAGGAGGCUAUGGCAGAUGCUACCUCUCGCAAGUUUAGUUUGGUUACUUCUACUGACGAUGAAGAGAAGAAGGAUGAACAGACAACUGCAGACCCUACUUUGCAUGAGAGAAGUGCAGAGCACAGCACAGAUAAUAUUGAUGAAAAGAAGAAUGAGCAGCCUAUUUUGGACCCUACUACUGCUUCAGCCACCAUAAGCAGUAUUGGUGACAUUGAAGAAAAGAAGCAGAGUGAAGAAACUACAGCAGAUCCUAGUUCUGGUGAGAGCAACAUGCUGCCAGGCACGGACGAUGUAGAAAACAAGAAGGAAAAUGAAGACCUCGCCACCACGGGCCCUGCUUCAGACAAAACAGAAGUGGCAGAGACCACAAAUGCCGUUGAAGAAAUAGGAAAAACUGAAGAGACAGCUUCAAAGGAAAUCAGCACAAUAGAAAGCACGGAUGACCUGAAGGGAGUUGAUGAUCAGAAUGAAGAGAUUGCCGACAAGGAAAUGGUCGUCGACCCAGACAAGAACCAUGUCUCGUUGAAGGUCCUCCUUGCCAACAAGAACGUGGAGACCAAAGACAAGGAGAAGAAGCCGAGCACCAAGGACCGGGUACUGUCAUUCAGGCGCCGAGCGUCGAAAGAUGUUGUGUCACCGGUGAAGCCGGGCUCGCCCAAGGCCGGCUCAGGGCAGCAAGACUGGAACUCUCCUGCCAGGUUGCCUGUCGAGAAGAAGCCCAAGGGAAGGAAACAGCAGUGGGUGCCGUUUAUUUGCUGCUCGUCGGUACAGUGAUUGUACAUUUGUACUCCAUUUGUUUGCUGAUCGUCAUCGGCGGACCAGGGCAUUCACCAAACUCGUUCAUUUCCUGACCUUCGCUACAAGACAUGUUUGGACCUUGCUACUUGGAUUGCGAACUCGGUUUGCUGUUUGUAUGUCAUAAUCUAUAUAUGUUGGUGUAAAUUAAUUAGACAUGUCCAGGGUAGUUCUUCAGUUUGACCUGCCAUUGUCGUGCAAUUCCGGAGAUGUUGGGCCUGAUUUUUUGAUACCAAAAUAUUGUCAUACCAAAAUGUGGACAU